AGCGACAUAACCCUUAUUAAAGUCGUUGAAUUUAAUUACAAAGUGCGCAAGCGCCUUCAAAUCUAAAUGAGAAAUUUGAUAUGAGGGCAAUGGAGAGGGGCGUUUUUGCAUAUUCACUCGAUCUAAUUAGAUUAGAACUUCUAAUCGUACGCAAUGUUAAAAGAGAAAAAUCAUUUAAAAGCCAUCUGCCGUCUGCUUUCCUAUUGUUUUGGUUAAAGCAACAGCUGUUAAAAUGUUGUUAAAAUCCCAUGCGAAAGCCAGUACAAAGGGCGUAUCUGUUAGGAGUACAAACGGCCUGCCAACGAACGUCCCUUCAACGUCCAAUUGAGUUGAAAGGAAAUCGUUUUAAUAACGACGUUUGUGAACAUCUGUGUGAUACUCGGCAAAUUUAAUAUUGUUUUGCUAAAUGGAUAAAUUGAUAUAAGCUCUGAGCAGUCGGAAGGAUUAAAUCAAACCUGCUCAGCUCUGCUCAUUGAAAUAGCUUAAGACUGAAAAAGCUUUAGUUAUUCAUCAAGACUACGAGAGACAUUGAAGUACUUACCAAGAGCCAGAUUUUGAGAAGAGCUGAGAAUAUGGAGAAUUGGUCAACGAGUCAAGUUUACCAUGGAGCUCCUGGGUUCAAUGCAAUUGUUGGAAACGUAAGCAAUGGUCGACAACUGCCUGAUUACAUACGCCACAGGAUUAUUCAACUAGCAAACUGUGGGGUGCCAUCGUGCGAAAUUUCAAGCAGACUCAUGGUAUCUCAUAGCACAAUAAGUAAAAUCCUUGGCCGCUUUUACGACUCAGGCACCGUUCGCCCAGGUUCUAUCGGAGGAAGUAAACCUAAAGUUGCUACACCAGCUGUGGUCAGCAAAAUUGUUCAGUAUAAACAACAAAAUCCAACAAUCUUCGCUUGGGAAAUACGUGAUCGACUGGUAGAGGAAUCAGUAUGUGACAGAGACAAUGUUCCAAGUGUUAGCUCCAUAAACAGAAUACUUCGCAAUAAAGCUGCCGAGCGUGCUGCGCAGUACGCCAUGUUGGAACGAGAAAGACAACAUCUUACAGGACUCUACAUGCAACAUUGGAGUCCAAUACAAGACGUUGCCAUCGCGUCAUUUCCGUAUCCAGUUUAUCCAAACACUCGAGUUAUUUCUGAAUUACCAACACACACUCCAAUACCAAAAGAAGAAACACACAGUCAGGAUAGACCAAGAUCAAACGAGACCGAACAGGACAUUAAAAAUUCACGGGAAGAACUGGAUUGGCAACCUCGAACACCAUCUUCGCCUGCAGACAGUACAGAACACAUCAUAAAUGAUGAUGAAAACAACGUCUCGUCCUCAGAGACGAUAGACGAUACUUCUAAAUCAGAGUCGACUACCUCAGACAUGCACGUUGAUCAGAAGAGAAAACUUCGUCGCAACAGAACUACAUUCACACAGGAUCAACUUCAGAUUUUGGAAAAAGAGUUUGAAACAUCUCACUAUCCAGAUGUAGCGACUCGUGAAGAGCUAGCAAACAAAAUAGACAUGUCUGAAGCGAGAGUACAGGUUUGGUUCUCUAACAGAAGAGCAAAAUGGCGACGGAAUAAAAACAUGUUGAAUUUACAAGCAAUGCGUCAAUCUUCCGUGUUUGCUGGUUACUGUCAUUUAUGCCAUGAUUAUGAGCUACCAAAUAGACCAUGCUCUAGCGUGCACGUACGAGGUCUUGAACAGCAGUUACCGUACACAACAUCUCGAUUUGAACCAUACAGUAGAUUAGAUGGACAUUAUAGACCACUGCCUGCAUUACAAAAUAAAACCCCGUCUUCUCCGGAGUGCUCAAGAAAUCACUCACGGUAAUUUACCAGUCAAUUGGAUCGUAACGUUUGUAUAAAAUAUAAUCGUGUAUUUAUUGCUAAUUUCU